CUUUUGUCUUGUUGUCGGAGUGAGAAUGGCGUCGUCGUACACGCUUUCCUUUAUCCCUUUGACGGUCUCAAAUUCGAAUCCUCGGAUCUUUGUUUCGACUCGGAGUGCAUCUCUAUCGAUUGCUCCUUCUUCUCUGUUAGGUAAGAAGCUUAUUGUGACACAACCGUCGCGGCGCUGCUUCGUCUCCAAGCACCGGUGCUUGACAUCGGCCAGCACUGUCUUUAGCGUCCCAACUGCGGAGCCGGAGAAUGGUUCUUCGGACAAGAUCCCAAAAUGGUCGGCGAGAGCUAUAAAAUCACUGGCGAUGGGGGAAUUGGAGGCUAGGAAGCUCAAGUAUCCAACUACUGGGUCCGAAGCCAUUCUCAUGGGUAUUUUAGUCGAAGGUACUAGCACAGUUGCUAAGUUCCUGAGAGCGAACGGAAUCACACUUUUUAAAGUGCGAGAUGAGAUUAUAAGGCUGCUAGGGAAAUCAGAUAUGUACUUCUUCAGCCCUGAGCAUCCUCCUCUAACUGAACCUGCUCGCAAGGCCGUUGACUGGGCUGUUGAGGAGAAGAAAAAAUCUGGUGUGGAUGGGGAACUAACCACUGCCUACUUACUUCUUGGGGUUUGGUCUCAAAAGGACUCAGCAGGCCGCCAGAUCUUAGAGGCGCUUGGGUUUAACGAAGAUUUAGCCAAACAAGUUACUGAGUCUAUGAAUGAAGAUGUCGAUUUGAGCUUUAAGAAGCAAAGUCAAUAGUGUUUCAAUCAGUCAAAAGCUUCUGUAACUGUACAUGGAGUAGCAAAAAGAAACUCCUGAUUCAAGACAAACCAGUCUCACUCUUAUCAAGUUCUAGACACAGGCCAUCUUUUUAGCAUUUUCUAUCUGUACUUGGUUGUUAUUAAGUUUUAUUUAAUUUUUGCAUUAUACAGCUACUCUGCAUCUUAUCACAAUUCACAACUCCAAAUUAUAAUUCAGUUGCUAUUACUUCCCUGAUAUGUCUUUUUUCUACUAAAACUCAUUGUUAUUCACUCGUUUGGUGAGUGAAUAUUUACAUCUGAAGUCUCAUAUGAUGAAGUAUACUUGUUUUUUUUACGUUUUGUCUAUUUUAUGAGAUUUUUC